UGAUGUGAGGGGUGUUGGAAACAACUUUAUUCUCAAAUCUUGAAGAUGGAAGAAAGUUGACAUGAUAGUUUGUCAACGACAUGCAACGAUGUUGCGUUUGCAUUUAUUUUUUUGUGCAUGUUACGAUGAUGAAUAACUGUGUGUUAAUGUAAUCACACAGAACCAGUGCAUCGCUGUAUAUAACCAGCAGGAGCUGAGGAGCUCAGAGGAGGAGAGGAUUAUCUGUGUGUCUGUCGACGUUCAUGUGAUCCAGACAUGUCCGGGACUGAGAGCAGCCCUGAGCCGCCUCAGAGCACCGUGACGGCGGACUACUGCUCCGAGCUGCAGCGGUGGAUGUGGCAGUAUUACUGGGGCUACAGCGGCUGGCAGAGCUGGCUCUGCCUGUCCGCCAGCUCCUUCCCUCCGCUCCACACGCUCACUCCUCCCGGUGUCGCAGAGAAGCAGGCGGUGUACGCACGGAGCAUUUAUCCCUACUAUCCUCCAGGCUUGGCUGCUAACUCCACUCAUCCUGUAGGAGGUGGUGUUCCAACCGAUUGGAGGUCAGUUCAGACUGUCGUCCAACAUCAACAACAACAACAGCAACAGCAACAACAACAACAACAACAACCACAGCAGAACGGAAACAAUGCACCUCAGACUGGGCGUGAAUACACCGUGCCCUCUCCUCUGCAAAGGUUCCUUGCAGAAACAGUGGAUUUCAUGAUUUUGUUCUGUGUGAAGGCCACCAUCGUUCUGUGGGUCGUGCAUCUGAGUGGGAUGAAGGACAUUGCCAAGUUAAUCAGCCACUUCAUCGUGGAGGAGAUUGAUGAGACCACAUCCCUGGAGGACCUUCAGAAAAUGAUGGUCAUGGCUCUGGUCUACAGGUUGCUGGUGUGCGUCUACGAGACCAUCUGUAUCUGGGGGGCUGGUGGGGCCACUCCAGGGAAGUUUCUGCUGGGUUUACGGGUGGUGACAUGUAACACGUCCGCUGUGGUCCAACCUAAUCGAGUGCUUGUGGCACCAGCAUCUAACGUUUCCUUCUCUGCAUCCAUGGUGCGAGCGCUGAACAAGAACUUCUCCAUCGCCUUCCUCUUUCCUGUCUUCAUCACGCUUCUCUUCUUCCAGCACAACAGGACAGUGUAUGACGUUGUGGCAGGGACUAUUGUGGUCCAGAGAAGUGAUGACAGAUAGCCUGUCGUCCAUCAGGUGGUCCCAUAAUAGAGCAAAUUACCAGAACCAGAACAUUUUAACCAGAAUAAACUUUAACUAAACUGUUGAGCAUUAUUGAUGUAGAAUGUAGAAGUGGAAGUUUUUUGUUAUGAACCUUAAACGCCACAAUUAUUUAUUUGUUGUUAUGAUUACAUAUAUUUUUAUACAUCAUUUCUAGAAAAAAAGUAAAAAAAAUUAAUAAUGCUCUUCUAGUUUUUUAAUGUCUGAAAUAAAUUCCUGGGCUAUAUGUUCAAUGUACAACGACAAAUAAAUAUCUCAGUUGUCUUGACAAAUAAAACUUGAAAAGUUGAACUUGA